AUAUUGAUGCCUCACUAGUGAAAUCAAUCAUUGAAAUAAUUCAAGAGAAAAAAGACACUACACCAAUUCAAAUAUUUGAUACAGUGAAACAAAUUUGUUUAAAUGAAAUCUAUCCAUUUUGGAUUGAAUUUAUGAAGCAUGAUGCAUUUCAAUUUGUUCACGCCACAUACAAAAAUACAAAUAAAAAUGAAGAUUAUUUAAUGCCUAAAUCACUUGAUGAUUUUGAUGUACUGUUGGAUGAGAAUUCUAACAUCAUAAUUCGACGCAAACCAAUAGAAAUUCCAUCAAAGAGUUUAUCAUCUGAUCAAUUUAAACAAUUACAAUCUUGGAAUAAUUUAACUGCAACUGAACAAGAAGAACGUAUUCGUAUGAAAAUGGAACAAGUUAGAAUAACUGAACGAGAACGCAAGAAAGCUAUUCUUGCUGCACGUAAACGUCAACGUGAAGCAUUAAAGAUAAAAGUAUGAAAAAAUUAUCACUGUGUAUAUAUUAGUUUGCUUAA